ACGCACGCGUGUUUAAUGUUAGUGGGCUGUGGUAGCUACUACUAGCCGGUAGGGACAAAAAGUAAACCAUGAGGUGCUGAUGUUGGACGUGUUCUGCGCGUUUCUGAAUGAGUGCGUGUCAAAAAAAUUGUGUGACGGUUACGUGUUAUCGUGCGGGAAUUUUGUGAAGCUCGUGUGCAUAGAUUUUUCUUCUAUUGUACCUUGUAUAACGAACGUGACGUGUCACCGGGCGAGCUCGUCUUGGAUACACCGUAGUAGGGUCGCAGGUUUCAAAGCGGUCGCGAGUGAAAGUGUUGCUGUUACGCGGUUCGGCCAUAUUUUAGCCCUGCCCGGCUGGUUGGCUGGGGCAGUAAAGUGAGGGGUUAGAAAAUUGAAAAACAGACACGCCCCACAAUCGUGAAAAAUAGCUUACAGUAUGUAUGUAUGAAUGUGAGUGGUGUCCAUGCUUACAUGUGACAUUAAUGGUUAUGUAUGACCGUAGUAUCUGCGGGCCCGGCAAGUGAGUGACAAGUGAAAUACAGAACCCACGAGAGAUUCCCACGCAAGCUGACCGCCGGACUGUCUGCAGCGAAACAUGGCUGACGACGAAGUGUUAUUCGAUGACGUUUAUGAACUCUGUGAAAUCAUUGGCAAAGGUCCAUUCAGCGUGGUAAGACGAUGUAUUCACCGGCAGACGUCGCAACAGUUUGCCGUCAAGAUUGUAGACGUUGCGAAGUUCACCUCCAGUCCAGGGCUCAGCACAUCAGACUUGAAGCGAGAGGCAACCAUAUGUCACAUGUUGAAACACCCCCACAUCGUGGAACUGCUAGAAACUUACAGUUCAGAAGGGAUGCUGUACAUGGUGUUCGAAUUUAUGGACGGGUCAGACUUGUGUUUCGAGGUGGUACGCCGGGCCACGGCAGGGUUCGUCUAUAGCGAAGCAGUAGCGAGCCACUACAUGCGGCAGAUAUUGGAAGCUCUUCGUUACUGUCAUGAAAAUGACAUAAUUCAUCGAGAUAUCAAACCGCAUUGUGUUCUUCUGGCGACGAAGGAGAACUCGGCGCCUGUCAAAAUCGGGGGUUUCGGAGUCGCCAUCCAACUGCAGGAGGGGCAGAUGAUAAAUGGAGAGUGUCUUGUGUCAGAGACACGACCCAACCUAAGUCCGAUGGGGCGGCUUUACCUAAAGGCAGAUCGCGAGGGCCGAAUAGGUACGCCUCACUUCAUGGCACCCGAAGUGGUGGAACGGCAGCAGUAUGGAAAGCCCGUUGACAUCUGGUCAGCUGGUGUGCUCUUGCAUAUCCUUUUGUCUGGAACAUUGCCAUUCCUGGGGACCAAGGACAGACUCUAUGAGAGUAUAUGUAGAGGAAAGUUGUAUCUGGAUACACCACAGUGGGAAUCUAUUAGUGAAGCUGCGAAGGACCUGGUGAGACGGAUGCUGACAGUGGACCACACUCAGAGGAUCACAAUCCAAGAAGUGCUCAGUCAUAAAUGGCUAAGAGAUCGAGACAAGGGUGCUACCAAGAUUCAUUUGCAAGAGACAGUUGAAGAAAUGAAGAAAUUCAAUGCCCGAAGAAAACUGAAGGGUGCGGUGCUAGCAGCUGUUUCUUCACCCAAGUGGACCUCUUUCUAUUCAGAUCCUAAUAGCGAUGGCUUUUCAGAUUUUGGAGAGGAUGAAGUGACAUCUUCGGAAAGCCAGGAGCUGCAGACCCUCAUGCUGACAUGAGUACAUUCUUGAAGUGGCAUCCAUAAAAAAGGUCUGCAAGCCUCACAAAAAGAAAGUCUUAGCCUGAGUCAAAUUUCAGUGUAAUUCAUACGUGAAGGCACUGAGUGCUGUGAGUCAGGACUUAGUCAUUGCAGUCCACUGAUGAGUCAGAUAUUCAGUUAGCUAAAGAAGAGUCACCUUUCAAUUCAGUGCAAUCAUGAGAGAGAAAAUGAGAGAAAAGAAUGACUGCACAUUGGCAUUAUGGUGAAGUACCAAGUGAGCAAAGACUGACCUCAAGGGCAUCAGUCAUUACAGACAGUGGGACAAUAACUGCUGCAAAUAACAACUAACAUUACAAUAUAUACAAGUAACAAACAGCGCUGUGUGUAGCUAGUCUGUGUAGUGUCAGAUGACAGAUGAAUAAUAAAUUUUUAAAGAAUUUUACAGGGAAAGUUGAAGCCUGUAUUGAGGUACUGUCUUGGCAUUUGCCUGGAGGACCAAAGAAAGCAAUG